GCUCAAAAAUUUCUACUCAUAUCUCGCUCCGGUUCCGAAGAAUCGACGUAAAAUAACAGAAAAACUAUCUUCUCUCAAGCCACACUCCUCGGGAACCAUGGCCGCUCAAGUAACCAUCGAUCAACUAGAUAAGGAUCAGAUUAAAUCGUUCUCCGAUUUCCUCCUAUCCUACAACAAACUGUCCGAGCUGUGCUUUAUAGACUGCGUGAACGAGUUCACCGGCCGAAGCAUUUCCGAUAAGGAGGACAAAUGCUCCCUGAAUUGCAUGGAGAAGUUUCUCAAAAUGAACCAGCGGGUGUCGCAGCGAUUCCAGGAGUUCCAGAUGCUGGCCAACGAGAACGCCCUGGCUGCCGCCCAGAAGCUCGGUGGCAAGUGAGAAGUGUUGAGUGCGCGGGUGGGAUGUUAGUUGUACAAAUCAACAGUUUUGUUUUUUAGCGUUAAAUGUAUUUUAUUAUUACCAAUAUAAUAAACCACGAUCUAAUCCCUACUGGUGAGAUGUAUGAAA